CCGGUUGCACUUCCUGUUGUCAAGUCAAUUUUUAUAUGUGUGUUUUUGCUCUAACGUAAAACGUGACUGUUUUUGCAACAAGUCGGUGUGAAUUUUACAUGCGAGACACACAUUUGCUUUUGCUACACGCACGUAUACGUGUCAAACGUAUUCGGAAACACGCAGGUCACCUAAGGCAAUUUGUCAGCUAAUGCUAGUCGCUAACGUUAGCUAGCUAUCGUAUUCAUUUAGAGGGGCGGCUGUGACGCGGAUGUGUCUGUAGAUUUUGCUUUUCUUCAAUCAGCCUGAACUUGUGAGCUCCACGUCAAUAACACUCCAGUAUUCAGUUUAGGCUUUCGGUUCGCUUGCUUGCACGAUGGCUCAUCUGCUUUCAAUGCAAUGCUUAGCCUCUCUGAGGAAAUCUGGAAACCUAAUUCAUUUCAGAGCUGCUGCUCUGGGCAUCGAUAAGCGAAACUACAGCAGCAAAAAAGGGUCUUCCGGCGAGUAUUUGCACCAAAGUGUUGUACCAUCGAUGCAUUACCAGAAGAGUUUACCCAGACUACCCAUACCAAAACUGGAGGACACCAUCCGGAGGUAUUUAGCUGCCCAGAAGCCUCUCCUGGAUGAUAACCAGUUUGGAACAACAGAGAAACUUGCACGGGAUUUCCAGAAUGGUGUGGGGAAACAACUGCACGAGGAACUUGAAGCUCAGGACAAAAACAAUAAGCACACGAGCUACAUCUCAGGACCGUGGUUUGACAUGUAUCUUUCUGCACGCGACUCUGUGGUGCUGAACUUCAACCCCUUCAUGUCUUUCAACCCCGACCUUAAGACAGAGUACAAUGACCAGCUGGUGCGGGCAACCAAUAUCGUGUGUUCAGCAGUGCGCUUCAUGAAAACGCUGCGAGCCGGGCUACUGGAGCCUGAGGUUUUCCACCUCAACCCGGCAAAGAGUGACACAGACAGCUUCAAAAGGUUCAUCCGCUGGGUCCCGUCCUCACUGUCGUGGUAUGGAGCUUACAUGGUGAAUGCUUACCCCCUGGACAUGUCUCAGUACUUUCGCCUCUUCAACUCCUCUCGGAUUCCGAAGCGUGGGCGGGAUGAACUCUUCACUGAUGAGAAAGGCCGACAUCUCCUAGUUAUGAGGAAAGGCCACAUGUAUGUGUUUGACAUUGUGGACAGGGAUGGGAAUUUGGUGAAGCCUGCAGAGAUCCAGUCCCACUUGAAGUACAUUUUGACUGACCCGACGCCAGUAGCUGCCUUUCCUCUCGGGGUUCUGACCAGUGAGAACAGGGACGUGUGGGCCGGGCUGAGGGACAAGCUGGUCGCUGCCGGAAAUGCAGAGGUUUUACAAGUUGUUGACAGCGCCCUUUUCUGUCUCUGUCUGGACGAUGAAGACAUGAGGGACCAUAUUCACAUCUCCCACAACAUGCUGCACGGCGACGGCUGCAACCGGUGGUACGACAAGUCCUUCAGCGUCAUUCUGACCAAAGACGGACAGGCAGCCAUCAAUUUUGAGCACUCCUGGGGUGAUGGCGUAGCCGUGCUCCGCUUCCAGAAUGAGAUUUUCAAAGACACAACAGAGCAGCCGCUGGUACACCCGGGCUCUGCUGCUGCUGCUGCUGUGGAUUCAGACUCUGCUGUGCGCAGGCUGCAGUUCAAGUUGGACGACGAGCUGGAGAAUGGCAUCAAAAAAGCCAAGGAGAACUUCGAUUCAGCUGUAUCAAAACUCACCAUUGAUGCCAUGGAGUUCAGGAGAGGCGGGAAAGAACAGUUAAAGAAGAGCAAGUUGAGUCCAGAUGCUAUUGCCCAGCUGGCUUUUCAGAUGGGCUUCCUGAGGCAGUAUGGACAGACCGUAGCAACGUAUGAGUCCUGUAGCACUGCAGCGUUCAAGCAUGGCCGCACAGAGACCAUCCGGCCAGCCACCAUGCACACAAAACAAUGUUCACACGCCUUUGUUUGCCAGCCAGGCCAACACAGCGUGGAGCAGCUGAAGGCGAUGCUCAAUGAAUGCUCUAAGUAUCAUGGGCAGCUCACCAAGGAAGCAGCUAUGGGCCAAGGUUUUGACCGUCACCUGUUUGCCCUGCGAUACCUGGCCAGUUCAAAGGGCCAGGCCCUGCACAGCCUGUACACAGACCCAGCUUAUGCUGCCAUCAACCACAACAUCCUCUCCACCAGCACCCUCACGAGUCCAGCCGUGAGCCUCGGUGGCUUUGCCCCAGUGGUGCCUGAUGGGUUUGGUGUCGGCUACGGCGUCCACGACGACUGGAUCGGCUGCAAUGUGUCGAGCUAUCCGGCUCGCAACGUCCACGAAUUCCUGCAGUGUGUCCACAAGUCUUUAGAAGACAUUUUCACUGUCCUGGAAGGGAAGCCAAUCAGCUAAGAAACAAAUGUCUGUCUGUCAUCACCAAAGAGGAAAAAAGGCAGCAAGAAAAGGGCAUUCUCAGCUCCCAAACUGUUAAUUAACUCAUCUGGGCAAACAUGAAAAAAGUGAGAUGAACAAUGUUUUUUAAGCACCUCAAAAGAAACAUGGAGAAUCUCAGUGCUUAAAUCUAAUAAUUUUUAGUGGUUAGGAAUUUGGGUUUGGAAUAUAUUGUUUGAAGCAGUUUGGUAUAAAAUCAGCUGGACUGGAAAUAAAUCAUAACAUUUAUUAGACCAUGAAACCCACAUUGAAUAUCAGAUAAUGGAAAAAAUAGCUAGCUCCCUAUUUAAUCUGAUUCAGUCCACCGGCUUUCCAAGAAAUCAGUCUCUCAAGCUUGUGACUGAAUGUUACAGCCAUGUCCAUUCUAACAUUAGUGGACCGAUGCCUAAUGUUAAGUGUUAGCCGUGUGUUUAGCUGUGGGGCUACGUAAUACAGCGACAGCUGAGAUUGCGAGUGCAUAUGCAGUAGGGCUUUACAGGUAUUGAACUUCUCUGCAAUACAAAUUGGAAUACGAAGUCAGAUUCUGUGCCUUAUCAAUAUGUGAAUUUAACAGAUCAUUUGUUGACUGUCACUGUAAUAACUGUCAUUUACAGCCUUAUUGAUGUGGUUGAAUGUAUUUUGAAAUAAAACUUAAUUUA